GAAGCAGAAACGGCCAAAUCCAACGGUCGAGAUGCAACGAUGACUGUUUGCAGACCAUACGAUAUUUUCCCCUCCGGCGCCUACUCCUCCACCGUUGCCGCCGCAAAAUUCACUACCACCUGCAACCCUGUUGUGCUCUCCUUAAACCCUAACAGUGUUCUCGCUUUCCCUGUUAUGCGCGCCUCCAGUUCCAGUUUCCCUCUCCUCCGUUCCCUCUCCUCCUCCCUCAUCCGCCGCCGUAACGGCUGCGGCGGUGGUCUCCGAUUUUUCCGGCGUCUCUCCUUCGAAUCCGUCUCUGGACAUGAGACCCGGUUCUUCUUUCUGUCUUCUACGCGGGUUCAGCGGAUUUCCUAUACAGCCAAUUCCGGGGGUCAGCGAAGCGGGAAUUUCGUCGAACAGUUUGUGGGUGAAGCGGAAUCGGCGGAAAGGUUCGAGGAAGAGAGCGAAGUGUUCGAUAUUAGGAACGUGGAAUCUGCUCGAAACGAUUUGAGGAACGUUGCAGCUGGUUCUCUGGAGACGGAAGUGGAAGUGAAAGAGUUGGAAGACUUGCCGGAGCAAUGGCGGCGGUCGAAGAUAGCGUGGCUGUGUAAGGAGCUUCCGUCGCACAAAGCAGGGACGCUUAUGAGGAUUCUGAACGCGCAGAAGAAAUGGCUUCGACAAGAUGACGUGACAUACAUCGUCGUUCAUUGCACGCGGAUACGCGAGAAUGAAGCCGCAUUCAGGGUUUAUAGAUGGAUGAUGCAGCAGCACUGGUACCGAUUUGACUUUGCCUUGGCCACGAAGCUAGCCGAUUACCUUGGGAAAGAACGGAAGUUUUCAAAAUGCAGGGAUAUAUUCGACGACAUAAUCAAUCAAGGUCGUGUCCCGAGCGAAUCCACAUUUCAUAUUCUGGUCGUUGCUUAUCUAAGUUCCCCAAUUCAGGGUUGCCUCGAAGAGGCAUGCGGUAUUUACAACCGAAUGAUUCAGCUUGGAGGUUACCAACCACGACUUAGUCUGCAAAAUUCGUUAUUCAGAGCUCUUGUCGAUAAACAGGAACGGCCUUCAAAAGAUCACCUUAAGCAAGCUGAGUUUGUCUUCCACAACAUUGUGAUGACGGGUCUUGAGGUACAGAAGGAUAUCUUUAGCGGCCUAAUUUGGCUACAUAGUUGCCAAGAGACAGUUGACAUAGCCAGGAUAAAUUCUCUAAGAGAAGAGAUGAGGAAGGUGGGUUUUCAGGAGGGUAAAGAAGUUCUCGUGUCUAUACUGAGAGCUUACGCACAGGAAGGAGAUGUGGAAGAGGUUGAAAGAAUGUGGUUGCAGUUGCUCAGCCUAGACAGAGGUAUACCUUCUCAAGCUUUUGUGUACAAAAUGGAAGUUUACUCAAAGAUUGGCGAUUUUACAAGAUCUUUCGAAAUAUUCAGGGAGAUGGAGAAGCAUCUCGGUUCUGCCAGUCUUUCUGGGUACCACAAAAUCAUAGAGGUUCUCUGUAAAGCUCAGCAAGUGGAAUUUGCAGAGUCUCUUUUGAAAGAGUUUAUCGAAAGUGGGAAGAAGCCACUUCUACCGUCGUACAUCAACAUAAUCUCUAUGUACUUCGAUUUGGGUUUGCACGAGAAGUUGGAAUUGGCCUUUCUCGAGUGCACGGAGAAAUGCCAACCUAACCAGACUGUUUAUAACAUAUACCUAGCUUCGCUGGUCAAGACAGGGAACGUUGGGAAAGCAGAGGAAAUUUUCAAUGAGAUGAAGAACAAUGGGACUGUCAAAGUGAAUGCUCCAUUGUGCAACACCAUGUUAAAGGGGUUCCUAGAAUCUGAAAACUAUGGAAAGGCCGAGAAGAUUUACGAUCUGAUGUGCUUGAAGAAAUAUGAGGUCGAGCCACCGCUAAUGGAAAAGCUUGAUUACAUCCUGAGCUUGGCCAGAAAAGAAGUGAAGAGACCAUUGAGCCUGAAACUAAGUAAAGAACAACGCGAGAUUCUGGUGGGUUUGCUGUUAGGUGGCGUGCAAUUCGAAUCGGACGGGGAGAGGAAGAACCACAAGAUCAAGUUUGAUUUCGUAGAAAACUCCAAUACCCAUCUGGUUCUGAGACGGCAUUUACACGAUCAGUACCGUGAAUGGCUGCAUCCAUCAUGUAAUUGCGCCACGGAUGGUACGAUACCUCCCAGAUUUUCGACCAUUUCCCACACCUACUUUGGAUUUUACGCCGACCAAUUCUGGCCAAAGGGUCAACCCGAGAUUCCAAAACUGAUACAUCGAUGGCUUUCACCGUGCUCGCUUGCGUAUUGGUAUAUGUACAGCGGUUACAGAACAUCAUCGGGAGAUGUUCUGUUGAGACUGAAGGGAAGCGUGGACGGAGUGGAGAAGGUGGUAAAGGUGUUGAGGGCGAAAUCUCUGGAGUGUCGGGUGAAGAAGAAAGGGCAAGUUUUCUGGCUCGGGUUUCUGGGAAAGAACUCGACUUGGUUCUGGAAACUAGUCGAACCUUAUGUCUUGGAAGAUCUGAGAGAUGUUCUGAAACCGGGUUUGGAAUCAAAGAGCAGUGGAGAAGAUGAACAAGAAAGUGUCAACUUCGAGAGUGGAUCAGAUACUAAUGAAGACAAUUGAGAAUGUCGGAGAAUAUCAAGAGGCAUCACUGGUGAACUUUUGAUAGAACUGGUUUGUGUUUAUUAGCUCGGAUGAUGAUCUCCACUCCACAUGUAAACUUCAUAAGUUCAUGCUAAUGCUGCAGUUUCAGUUGCUGGAAAUAGAAUAUUUUUUUAAACC